AUGUCUACCAGUACAAACGCAACCACGGCAGGACAUACUUUCAAGCAUGACGAAGGAACCAACCUCCUCUUGCGAAUUGCUCCUUCGACCGAAGUAGCUUCUUACUUCUGGGGACAAGACACCGAGAAGACCAAGGAGACCCUGUUUCGUCAUGAGACCGGCUACCUCGCAGCACGCAGGAUUAUCGGAGAUGGAAGCCCCAGCCGAAUGACCGAGAUACUAGAGAAGGGAAGAGAGGUAGUCGACGCCGUCUUUCACGACUUGGACAAAUUCAACGGAGAACCAUCUCUUGUGACAAAGUUGCGUCUAUCCGACGAGCUCCAGACGUGGCGCGACGAGCAAUUCAAAGCCGGCCACGUGCUUCCACAAAAGGGAGACGGCCUGACUCGCGUCUCCGAGGAUAUCAUUCAUCUGCUUCACGCAGAGGACUGGGCCGACGCGCUUCUAACGAACGGCGCAUUAUUCGGCUCCGGAUUCGCCGAUCUCCUCAUCGGCGCAUAUGACCCGGAGACCCUAUACUCCAACUACGCCGUAGACGCCUUGAUCGCGUACUUCGGUGACUCCAGCAUCCUAGGCAUUGCGGCGGAGGCGGUAGCACGCGGGCACGAUCCCGCCGGCCUUAUGAAUGACUUCUGCUUGAGUAACCGGGGAACGGAUAUCGUGGACGUCGGCUCGGAUAUUCAUAACUCGGAGCUCUUUAAUGCCGUGCUGAACGUCGCCGACGUUACUGAUACAGGCGUGGUGGGCGAGAAGGCGCUAAGACGGGUCUACGAUGCGUUUGCGCACGCCGGCGCCAAGACUCUUACGCAGCAGUGGUCGGAGCCCGGCGCCCGCGUCGUCGCAGCGUUGUAUACCUGGCACAUCCAGGAUGGUAGACACGAGUUGCUGAGACGGGCGGUGUUGGGGUAUAGCAUGCGGAGGGCCACGCGCAAAGGACAACGCGAAGCAGAUUGGUGCGAGGCGUUUGACUCGACGAAUCGAACGACUGGAUUCAGCAGGCCGCUUGCGGGUGCUUGUGAUGGCGAGGAUCCAUGCGACCAGGUGCAGGCUCGUCUGGGCAGUUGGAGAGAGUGCGACUUGCUCGCGACCAUGUGGUGGUUGCUAUCGACUGGGUUGGUGGAAUAUGCCGCGAAGGGCUCCCCAGGUGGAGGAGCAUGUUCAUGCGUUGAAGGUGGCCAUGGCGAAGGCUUAUUCGUUGGGAUGUGUGGAUGA